AUGAUCCGUUUUAUCUUAAUUCAAAAUCGUGCUGGAAAAACAAGGCUCGCAAAAUGGUACAUGCAUUUCGAUGACGAUGAGAAGCAGAAACUCAUAGAAGAGGUUCAUGCUUGCGUAACAGUUCGUGAUGCCAAACAUACAAACUUCGUCGAGUUCCGAAACUUCAAAAUUGUCUACCGACGGUAUGCAGGUUUAUAUUUCUGUAUCUGCGUUGAUAUAAUGGAUAACAAUCUGUAUUAUUUGGAAGCUAUUCAUAAUUUCGUGGAAGUAUUGAAUGAAUACUUCCAUAAUGUUUGCGAGCUUGAUUUAGUAUUCAACUUCUAUAAGGUUUAUUCCGUGGUUGAUGAGAUGUUCCUGGCUGGAGAAAUACGUGAAACUAGUCAAACUAAGGUUCUCAAGCAACUCUUAAUGCUCACCUCAUUGGAGUAG